AUGGCGCGCGCGAUGCCGUCGUCGACGGACGCGCGGGGGGCGAAGCGCGCGAUCGACGUCGCGUCCGCGGCGUCGGCGUCGAGGGAUCAUCCGCGGGCGAAGCGACGGGACGUCGACGGCGCGGCGGAGGCGCGUGGCGACGCGACGGCGCGCGGGGCGUUCCGUCGCUUCGAACGCGACGUCGUGGACCUCGCGCGCGCGCUCGCGCUCGACGACGACGCUCGAGGGACGUUUCCCGUGGAUCCGUCGGGGCGACGGCGGUGA